AUGACCAAGCGCGAUCUGCUCGAGGCAUUUGCUUUCCUAGGUAAACCGGGUCUCAUGCCACUGGAAAACAGAGGCCCGGGCAGAAAACUCAUCGAGCUUUACGAUUUCCUCGAUCUUCAUGCGGGAGAUCAGCACACCUUCCACUUUUCGCAUGGGGACUUAGCCGGUCGGAACAUCUUGGUGGACAAUGAGGGCAAUGUAGCUGCUCUCCUUGACUUUGGGAAUGCCGGCUUUCGACCUGGAGAACUAGCGGUGACCCUCCCGGACUUCAUUGAUAAUGAUGCCGACAAAACACUAUACAUCAGCGCCCUACAGCGAGCGAAUGGAUCGUUAUAUCGGUAUUACAUCGAUGGCACAGAGCAACGCAAGAUGUACGAGUAUUCUCCAAGGAGCUGA